UGAUUGCAUAACUGUUUCGUUUUUUUAUCGCAGCAUUGUAUAAAGCUAUAGUGCCAGUUCAUUCGCACCCACCUUUCUCUUUAUUCUUUCUCACCUUCUGUCUCAUCCUUUGCUGCAAAAAUGGCCACAGCUGGUAAGGUCAUCAAGUGCAAGGCUGCAGUGGCCUGGGAGCCCAACAAGCCUCUGGUGAUGGAGGAGAUAGAGGUAGCCCCACCGCAGGCCAACGAGGUCCGCAUCAAGAUUGUGGCAACCGGGGUGUGCCACACAGACCUCUACCACCUGUUUGAGGGCAUGCAUAAGGACGGCUUCCCAGUCGUCCUCGGCCACGAGGGAGCCGGCUUUGUUGAGAGCGUUGGGCCUGGAGUGACUGAAUUUCAACCAGGAGACAAGGUGAUUCCUCUGUUUAUCUCCCAGUGCAGAGAAUGUCGCUUCUGCAAGAGUCCUAAGACCAACCAGUGUGAAAAAGGAUGGGCGUCUGAAAGUUAUAAUGCCAUGGCAACUCAAGACUCCAGGUUUACCUGUAAGGGGAAGAAGGUGCUGCAGUUUAUGGGAACCAGCACCUUCUCACAGUACACCGUGGUGAACCAGGUGGCUGUGGCUAAGAUCGACCCUGGUGCCCCUCUGGACAAAGUCUGUCUCCUUGGAUGUGGGGUCUGCACAGGAUUUGGAGCAGCAGUUAAUACUGCUAAGGUCGAGCCAGGUUCCACGUGUGCUGUGUUUGGCCUGGGAGCUGUGGGGUUGGCUGCAGUCAUGGGCUGCAAGUCUGCGGGAGCCAAGAGGAUUUUCGCUAUCGACAUCAACCCAGAGAAGUUUGAGAAGGCCAAGGUCUUCGGAGCGACUGACACCGUGAACCCCAAGGAUCACGAUAAACCCAUCAGCCAAGUUCUUGCCGAGAUGACUGAUGGAGGAGUGGACUUCUCUAUGGAAUGUGUGGGGAAUGUGGGAGUCAUGCGCAGUGCCUUGGAGUCUUGUGUGAAAGGCUGGGGUGUCAGCGUGCUGGUUGGCUGGACAGAUAUGGAUGACUUUGCUGCCCGACCCAUUCAGCUUAUCGCUGGACGCACUUGGAAAGGCUCUUUGUUUGGAGGAUUUAAGAGCAAGGAUGGUGUGCCUGAGAUGGUGAAAGCCUACAUGGACAAGAAGGUGAAGCUGGAUGAGUUCAUCACUCACAAAAUGACCAUGGCCCAGAUCAACGACGCCAUUGAACUGAUGAAGCACGGUGAAUGCAUCCGGACAAUUGUGAGAGUUUCUCCAUAAUGAGACCACUGCGUUGUUGUCAGUGAAGCCAAGAUAACUAAACCAUUUUGAUGCACAACGUGGAUUAAAAGAAAGAGCUUUUAUUUUCUACACCUUUUCAGUAAAUUCUGUUCAUGAUUCAGUAUUCCAUGUACUUCUUAAUAACUGGCCAUCACAAGUUCUUAUUUUCAUUUUUCCUUGCUGACAUCUUGAAUAAAAAUCCCAUUAUAUCA